AGGUACCAGUACAUGCAUGCCAUGCUAGCUAAGUAUCCCUGUAAGUGGCUGGCUGGUUACCUCUGCUCAGUUCCCAAAGCAUCUUCAUCGCGAAGCUCAUUUCACAUUAAAGUCUUACUACAGUUUGAUCCAUACAACUGCUUUCUCCGAAAUGAGCAAGCCAGGCCUUUCUUUCGGGUUGAACCUAGCCAAAAAGCCAGGUGCCUCGAAACCUCCUCCGCCGAAGCGGAAACCGAUGUUUGGCGGCGAUGACGACUCGGACGAUGACACGAAAAACCAGGCUACUGGCCCGCAAACCACAACAAUCACCGAAUUUAACGAUGAUGAUAUUCCCCAAACGCGCUCGGGCGACUCAAAACCUAAGAAGCCAGCCUCAAAAAUAAAAAGCGGUCCGCCCAGUCAACCACCAAAAUUGAAAUCAAAAAAUCCAGAAAUAUCAGUCUACGGUGACUUAUCAAGCGCGCUUGAGUCGCGGAGACAUCGGGAAGCUGCCGAGGAGCUGGAUCCCUCGGUGUAUGACUACGAUGCAGUCUACGAUUCCCUAAAACCGGAAGAGAAGGUCACGCAAGAAGACACCGAACGGAAACCCAAAUAUAUGAAGAACUUGAUCGCGUCUGCAGCCGUGCGGAAGCGCGACGCGUUGAUCGCAGAAGAGAAGAAGAUAGCGCGAGAGCGGGAGGAAGAAGGUGAGGAGUACGCAGGAAUGGAGAAAUUUGUCACGGAGGCAUAUAAGAAGCAACAAGAAGAGAAUAGGCGCAUUGAACAAGAAGAGCGAGAGAGAGAAGAACGGGAGGCCCAGAAAAAUCAGGGCGGUGGCAUGACAGCUUUCUACAAAGACUUGUUAGAAAAGGGAGACCGACGGCACGCCGAGGUUGUGAAAGCUGCCGAAGAACGCGCCAAAUUAGGCCCAAAGCCCGAGGAUGACGCGCAGGAGGAGAAAGCGAAGACGGAUGCUGAUAUGGCGCGUGAAAUCAACGAGAAGGGCGGGACCAUUGCGAUCAAUGAAGAUGGACAAGUAGUUGAUAAGCGAGAACUCCUUAAGGGUGGAUUAAAUUUAGGCGCCAAGAAAAAGACCGAGCCGCAAAACAUACGAAAAGGACCGGAUCGUAAGGACGAGAGGGAACCCUCUCGUGGCUUUGUUGGUUCAGGAGGCAAGCAGGCAAUGCGCGAGAGGCAGACGCGCAUGCUAGAAGCCCAGUUGGAGCAAUCGCUGAAGAGAUCCCUGGAGCAGGAGGAGGAGGAACGGCAUAAAGUCGAGCGUGCGUCCAAGAGUAGGAAGACAGAGACGGAUAUUUCCAGUGCGAAGGAGAGAUAUCUAGCGCGUAAGAGACAAGCCGAGGAGGAGAAAAAGAAAGGCCUCGCCAAGGACUGAGGGGUUCUGAAGUCAUAAAUAUUUUAUACCUAGCGUAAUGAAGACUGUAGGCCCCGUUCAACCCGAGAAGGGAGUCUCCUUUCGAUGUCUUAAUGCUGAUAUAAGUUGUGUUGUACACUCUAAAGAUGCCCUUUUCCUUCCACGGCUGAGGGACGAGGGCAAUUCAUCGUAAAUCAAUCCCGCGGC